AUGCACUCCUUCUUAUACCUCUUCGGCGUAUUUGUUAUGGCAUAUGCCUAUGCAAGACUACUCGUGCGCCAGAGGUCAUUACGGAGGGUUCGAGGUCCACCUCGACCAUCCUUUCUACUAGGCCACGAAUGGCUCAUUCGCAAUCGAGAAAACAUCGGCGACUUAGAAAUGGCCUGGUAUCAGCAGUACGGUGGCGCCUACCGGGUUGGCGGAUGCUUUGGCCAAGAUGUGCUGGUCAUUUCAGAUCCCAAGGCUUUGCAAUAUGUUUUCCACACUUCUGGAUAUCGCUACCCCAAAAGUCCGGAAGAAGAUCGUUUCACGAAUAUCAUGUUAGGACCAGGCGUGGGUACAGUUGCAGGUGAAAUUCACCAGCGACAGCGUAAGAUCCUUGGCCCUGCAUUCUCAACGUCGCAACUCCGCCAAUUUUUGGUUGUAUUUCAAUCUGCCGCAUCGAAGCUUGUGGAAAAAAUGAAGGAAUCCACUCAGACAGGGAAGGUUCUUGACAUUUUCGAAUGGACAACUAAAACUUCACUUGAUAUCAUCGGCAAGACUUCAUUUCGAUACGAAUUCAACGCUAUGGAUACUAUGGAUGGGCAACAAACGGAGCUCGAGUCCGCGUUACACAAUAUGCUAGGCGAGUCUCAGAUGUGGCCAUCAUCGUCAGAACUUUUGUACUUGUCGCUCUGGCGUUUACUUCCGGACUGGGGACUUUCUUUACUCGAGCGGAUUUCGACCAGGGGAACACGGCGACUUGUACGGUUCAGGACCACGGCUGAAAAGGCUGCACAAGAAGUAUUCGAGAAGCAGGUAUCUGUUCUCGCCAACGAUGAUAACCUUUCGGAAAAGAGUAUCAUCAAUGUCCUUGCGCUUUCCCAUCUCAAUAACGAUCCGAAGAAAAAGAUGACCGCGGAAGAGAUCUACGCUCAGUUCGCAACCUUUAUCAUGGCGGGACACGACACGACUGCCCUCACUACUGCUUGGGUUCUCUAUGAGCUUGCCCGUAAUCCUAGUGAUCAAGCGACGAUCCGUGACGAAAUCUUGCAACUCAAAGCUAAUAUUAGCGGAAGACUUUCAUCGAAUGACUAUGAUUCAAUGCUUACGCUCAAUGCUGCAAUUAAGGAAACGCUUCGACUGCAUCCGCUCAAUCACGUCCUCCACCGGAUCGCUGCGAAAGACGAUAUCAUACCAUUGGGUGAACCUAUCACCACCGCUGACGGUAGGAUCUCCUACGAGGUACCCGUCACGAAGGGACAAAUCGUUACCGCUUCCGUAUACACGUAUAAUCGUCUCCCGAGUGUCUGGGGUGACGAUGCAGAGCAGUGGAAUCCUCAGAGGUUCCUACGACCGCGAGAGAAGGAGCAAGUGUCUCUUGGGAUAUUUUCCAAUUUGAUGAGUUUUAGUGGAGGGGUCCAUUCUUGCAUCGGAUGGCGAUUUGCCAUUAUGGAAAUCCAGGCCCUCGUCACGGAACUGCUGAGCACAUUCGAGUUCGGUCUUCCUGAGGAAGAUUUUGUAAUGCUGCAAUCCCCUGGACAGAGAGCAGUGUUUCCUCUUGUCCAAGGUAGAGUACAUGAAGGUAUCCAGAUACCACUUCGGGUCGUAGUAUCGAAGUCAGAGUAGUUUUCAAGGGUGACGCUCAUGCCUAGGUCCCGCUACGCUAUAAUUUAGUACCUACUACAUUCAUACAGAUAGAGUUCCUUGGUGUACGACUUGGAACGAUUACGUUGACAUUUACGAAGGCUACUCCUUUACUACAGUAUACAAACCGCAACACGAAGCGGUACUUGCUCUCCCUCAUCUCUUCCUUUUACGAUAUGGUCUGCGCCCCGAAAGCAUACACCCUCAAGGCACAUUCCUCACCCUUUCAAUUGUGAUAGUAAUAAGGUGUUGCGAACACA